AGAGAGAGAACGCGUUUGGAUGAUGUUAUUACAAUAAUAAAAGCAAAAAGUGCAACUGUAGCCAUUUCAUCUCAUUUGACUCCAUACAUUCUGCUUCUUUCUUCUUGUUUUUCUUCAAGUGUUGCUGCCGUAAUUGAAGAACCUUAAUGAAAUAGGAGUAUAGGAAAGGGAAAGGCCUAGCAGGUAUUGGAGGAAGCAAUGGCAGCAAGGUACUGGUGUUAUCAGUGUUCUCAAGUGGUUACUCCCAUCAUGGAAGCUGAGAUUAAAUGCUCAUUUUGUCGAGGUGGGUUUAUUGAAGAAAUGAGCAAUGGUACAAGAGACAGUGCUCCAGACAUGGAUUCCCAUAUCCAAUCUGAUCGAGCACUCUCACUAUGGGCUCCCAUCUUGUUAGGUAUGCUGGGUAAUCCUCGUCGCCGCAGAAGACUUAGACGUAUCGAGUUUGAAGAAGAGGAUGCUGAGAAUUCUGAUGGCGAAGCUCGCCAUGGAGGCGAUACUGACUUGGACCGAGAACUUGAAUCCAUUAUUAGGAAUAGAAGAAGGAACUCUGCAUCGAUCGUGCAGCUGCUUCAAGGUGUUAGAGAGAGAAUGGCAUCUGAAGGCGAGAAUUCUGAGAAUGAUAGGGAUAGGGAUAGGGAUAGGGAUAGGGACGGAGUAAUUUUCAUCAAUCCUUUCAAUCAGACUAUCAUUGUCCAGGGCUCUUAUGAUUCCAAUCAGGGUGGUCAAAACCGAAACUCCGACCGCAUAGGUUCUAUAGGUGAUUAUUUCAUCGGUCCUGGUUUAGAUAUAUUGUUGCAGCAUUUGGCAGUGGCACAAAACGACCCCGAAAGAUAUGGAACACCACCAGCACAAGUAGAGGCAAUCAUGGCCUUGCCAACUGUGAAAAUUGAGGAGAAUUUGAAAUGUUGUGUGUGUAUGGACGAUUUCGAGGCUGGUAGUGAAGCAAGGGAAAUGCCAUGUAAGCAUAAGUUUCAUAGUGGGUGUAUAUUGCCAUGGUUGGAGAUCCAUAGUUCUUGUCCAGUUUGCAGAUAUCAAAUACCUGCUGUUGGACAGAAACUCAAUUCAGAGAGGCCUGGGAAUAAUAGCAACAGAAGAGAAAGUGAAAGUAAUGUUCACGGACGUGGUAGUGGGGAAGAAGAGGGUGAAGGGGAUGGGAGAAGUGGGAGAAGGUUUUCAUUUCCAUGGCCAUUCAAUGGCUUGUUCACAUCAGGAUCACAGUCCGGCAGAGGGAAUUCAUCGUCCUCAACGGCUUCAAGCUCUCAAUCCGGAAAUGCUUCUCAAACAAAUGAGAACUGAGUUUGUUUGGUAUUAGCACCCUGUUUAUUGUUCAAUAUGAUUGAUGCUUCAGUAUUCCAUUCUGCCUUCCCUAUAAUGUACAAUAGUUAGUUUAAGUUGAAUUUCCAUCUUGCAAAAGUGUUCUGGUUUUUUUUCCCCUGUAUUCUUGUAGAUCCUUGCCCCUUGAACAAUUCUUUUACGAAAUCCUGAAUUAUGCCAUAUGAUGUAAUUUUGUUUCUAUAAAUUUGAGUGAUCCUAUUUGUUUUAUUUA